GGCGUCGCAGCACCGACUUCAGUCGAAGGCAAGCACUCCAGAGCAAACCUCGCCUGGCCCCACCGGCGACCAGCUGUGGAAAACGCCAACGAGUCGCUGAUCCAAUCGGUACCAGCGACGCUCGAGCGACUAGCAGAACCACGUUAGGGCCCGAAUGCUCCACGGCGCUCUUGUCGCUAAGCUGCUGUCGCUGAUGCAGCCGUUGUUAUUGCAGUUGUAAACUUUGAAGGACAACUGUCCAUCCAUAGAAAACCGGUGUUUCCUACUCGUCCCUGGAUCGAGAGAGUUAGGUAGCCAAACUUGGCGCUGUCGCUUGUUAACUUUAGCGACGGUAGAUCUGAAGGAUCGGACAUUUGAACGUUUUCCCUGAUUUUCGCAUCAACGGUGACGUGUAAGUGAUUUCCAGGAUGGUUGGAGUGACUCUAAUCAGCGCGACCUUCGUUGCCGCGUUGUUCACCACGACAGUUUAUGGCCAAGGCCCGAAGGCACCUAAUGGGGCUGAUCCCACAAAACAUGAACAUUCUCAUGAACCGCCUCAAUACUAUCAGCCACCCGAUCCGAAGAAGGUCAAAGAAGCUCUCGGGAAACUAUUUGACGAGAAACUUGACAUAAACAAGGAUAACUAUGUUGACGCGUCAGAAAUCAAAACAUGGCUAAAGGUAAUUCAUGGCUCAAUGGUGACUGACAACAUCGAUCGACAAUGGGAAUACUUUGCUGACAAGCUUCAAGGUGACUCCUUGUCCUGGAAUGAGUAUCGUAAGGUAACGUUCAACGAUGAGGAACAAGCGGGUUUGACGCCGGACGAGAAGAAGCAGUACGAUGAGCAACUCGUGCGAACAGAGCGUCGCUGGAAGCACGCUGACGAUAAUGCGGAUGGGUUACUCAGCAAGGUUGAGUUUAGAGCUUUUCUGCAUCCCGAAGAGGAUCCAUCAAAAAGUGACAUCGUGGUGACUGAGGCAAUCGACAUGAUGGAUAGUGAUGAUGAUCAGAUCAUCUCAUUAGAGGAGUAUAUGGACCAUCUUAAAAGUGUCGCAGGCCCGGAGAAGAGCGACGAUAGCUGGCUUAAAGAGCAACAGGCCCAUUUCACGACUUAUCUUGAUAAAAACAAGGACGGAAGCCUCGAUCGUAGCGAGAUGAGGGACUGGGUUGUCCCGCAGUUCGACCGUGAGGAAGGCGAAGCUUGGAGAUUCAUCUCCUUCGCGGAUCAGGACCGUGACACAAAACUUACGCGGACAGACAUCGUGCAGAACUCCGACCACUUCCUUGGCCUGUUGCCGAACGAGUUCUGGGUGGAAAACGCCCAUCGUCAUGACAGAUCCGAUCUAAAACAUAACGAACUCUAGUAUAGCUAUCUAAUGAGUGAUGCUGUUUUUUCAUGUUUGUGCGAUUUCCAAAUAAGUGGACACUGUAAUAAAGUGUAAUUAAGUUAGGUAUAGUGAUCAAGAAAGUGAUGGAUUUUAACAAUCGUACAAAUGAUUUGACAUUUACUCUGUCUGAAAACACACAUCUGAAACAUAUAAAUAUUACCAUAUAUUUUCAUAUUUCUUGACAUACGCUUAAUUAAUGGUUGAGUAGUAAUGAUAAACAAUUGGCUAACGUGUGAUAGGAAGCUUAUGAGCAAUAUAAGCCGCGAAAAUUCAAUGCUGAAAAUCACUAUAUGAGAACAAAGUUUUCGUCUUUAUCACCCCAGCGAUUGGGCUGUGUCCGCCAUUCGACACCAAGAUGCCAAACUCACUGUGACGGGCCGCAGAAAUCCAAAAAGGUUGCUAUUUCGUAAAUUCUGUGUUUUUACUAUGUACUUUAUUAUAGGGUAAGUGAAACUUACAUCAGUAUCUUAUCCUUAGCUUCUUAUAGCAUCGGCUCUAACUAUCAAAACAGCGCUACCCGAAAUGUUGGUGAAAUGAAAAUCUUCCCACUAUAUGAGAAACAGCUAGGGGGCUUUUAUGAAACCAACUGAUUAUGAAGGUAACACGUACCCCAUUUAUUACUACUGCAAGGAAAAAAUGACAUUACCCUUUCAACCCGCUAGC